AUGGCCCAAGAAGGAAUCGACCCCUUGAUCCUGUCGCUUCUCCUUGACGACUUGAAUAUCCUGGAGGACCAGGGAAAGGGAAAGCAGAGGGAAGGUCAUCAUACCGAUCUAGAGCUUGCUAUCCAGUCUAUGAAAGAUGAUAUCAUGGCCGUCCAGACCUCGCUACAGGACGAAGUUAUGGCCUUGAGUACGAGCCUUGCAGCGGCUGCGGACCAAAAUCUACUCGCCUCCAUGCGAGAAGAGGAACGUUUAGCGGAGCAGGACCACCGGUAUGCUCUUGCUUUGAACAAUGGAGAGCGGACUGAGAAUGUGACAUCCACGUAUGAGCCAACCGAGAUAGAUAACAACAACGACGCGGUAUCUGUUGUCAUGAGCGACUUGAUGAGUCGCAUAACGAUUCGCGACCACGAUUGCAAUGGCGAAGGCUCAUCCCGAUCCCCCUUUCCAUACCGAAUGCCAACCAUGACGAAGGAAUGUGUCUCAUGCCUCGAAAGAUUUCGUGAUCCUGGCUUUACAAGCACUUGUGGUCAUGAAUUUUGCCUCGACUGUGUAAGGCAGAUGUUCCUUGGGGCGAUCAAGGACGAGGAGCUUUAUCCCCCUCGUUGCUGUGGCCAAGUCGUGCCCCCCGAAUCGCUCUAA